AUGUCCCCUUCCAUUGAUGAAAAGUCGCCAGAAAUAGAGAGGAAUCCCGCUCAAGAUGUGUCGGACGGCGCCAAUCUCGACGAGAAGCCCGGUAGUCUGGUGGAUGUCGGGGAGUCCUAUACAGCCGAAGAAGAGAGGGCCGUUUUGCGCAAGAUUGAUCUUACAAUCCUGCCUAUGAUGUGUGCCGUCUUCUUUCUUCAGUACUUGGACAAGCAAAGUCUGAGUUACGCAAGUAUCUUCGGUCUCAUCACAGAUCUGAAUAUGACGAGCCAGCAGUAUUCUUGGUGUACUUCCAUAUUUUAUAUUGGCCAGCUAGUCGCGGAGUACCCUUUUGUCUACUUGAUGAGCAGACUCCACCUUACCAAAUUCGUUGGCGUCACAGUGGUCGUCUGGGGUGCUAUCUGCAUGUGCCUGGCUGCCCCGACCAACUUCGCCGGAUUCGCCGCCGUUAGGUUCCUGUUAGGAUUUGCCGAGGGUGCGGUAUCACCAGCAUUCAUCACAAUCACGAGUGUAUGGUACCGGAAGGAUGAACAUGCGACUCGGACAGCGUUCUGGAUCACCAUGAAUGGGGUAGCACAAAUCAUCGGCUGCCUGCUUAUGUACGGGAUUGGGAAGAACAAGUCUUUGUCACUUGCCCCUUGGAGAGUGCUCUUCCUCAUAUGCGGCGCUCUGACGUCUGCUGCUGGUGUCAUUUUCUACAUUUUCAUGCCUAAUGGGCCUAGAGAUGCGUGGUUUCUUGACGCUCGCCAGAAAGAAGUUCUUUCGAUGCGCAUGGUCCAAGACCGAGAGGGCGGCGAUAAGACAAAUUUCUCGAGGGCCCAGCUAAGGGAGGCCCUUUCGGAUCCCAAGGCUUGGUUUGUCUUUGCAUUUGGGGUGCUUGUCACAAUGCAAUCACCUGUGCUUACAUUCGCAUCCCUGGUAAUCAACAAUAUUGGCUACGACAAGUACCAAACAAUGCUGCACACAGCUCCGUCCGGUGCGGUCCAGAUCGCCAUGCUCUGGAUCGGCGUACUUGGGUGCAUUGUGAUGCCGCGGAACCGUACACUCGUUGCCCUGGUCCUCGUCAUUCCACCCCUAGCAGGCACCAUCUGUCUCCUCAAACUUUCCCUCGACGCUGGCUGGGGCAUGAUCGCCGCCUCAUGGUUGGCAUCUUGUAUCACCGCGCCGUGGUCCGUCCUCAUUUCCCUCACAGCCUCCAACGUCAAAGGAAAUACUAAACGAGCUAUUGUUAAUGCCAUGUUCUUCAUCGGGUAUUGUGCCGGGUGUAUUGGGGCGCCGCAGUUAUGGACGCACAAGCCAAGAUACUUUUCAGGGGUUGUCACCGCUAUUGUGACCUGGUGUUUAUUGUUUCUCACUAUUAUUUGGUACCGAUUUCUUUGCGUCAAAGACAAUGCCAGGCGGGAGGCUAAAGGAAGUGCUGCAAAUGGUGAGGUUCAGGAUGCGCGUGGAGGACAAGUGUUGCUGGAUGAAACAGGUGCACUCAAGAGUGACUUGACCGAUAAAGAAGACCGAGAGUUUCGGUACUCCUUUUAG